AUGAUGGAGUUGGAGCCGGCGCUGGAGCAGAAGAAAGAGGAGGCAGAGGAAGAGGAGGAGGAGGAGGAAGAGGAGGAGGAGGCAGCAGCGGCGAAGCGGCUUCUUCGCUUCUCCAGAGACCCGCGGGUCAGCUUCCUGGGACGCCGCCUGGGGCAGAUUCUGGGGCUCCGGGAGGAGACGUGGAGUCAGUACCUCGAGGGCGCGGAGAAUCGCCAAACACUGGAGGAGUUUUGGGGCGGCCGGGGCCCCGCUCUCCUUCUGUUCCGGGGUUCCCCAGCUGGACGCCUCACUUCUGGGUCUCAGGUUCCUCGAGAUGCAAAACACAAGCUUGUUUAUGUUGUGAAGAUGACUGAGGCAAGCAUUGGAGUGGAUAAUUACCAGAAGACCCUGGUAUUUGGACAGCUCCCCGCCACAUCUCUUGAUCACGUGAAAGCAUUCAUGGAUGAGGUUGCUGUUCCCAUCCUCUUGAACAAGAAGAACCAUAUGGUGUGGCCCUGCUUUGUUUCCCAAGACCUGGGAGCCCAUGUGGAAGGCAUGAAAAACACAAUGCACAUUCUGAGGGGUAUGAUGUCAGGGAGAACCCUGCUUCCAAUUCCCACCAUUGCCGGUAGCAUUGAAGGCAAGCUGAACUGCUCAGAGCCCAAACAAGACUCAUAUGAAAGGGCUGUCCUCCAUGCCAUUGAAUCUGUGGUUAUUACGUGGUCACGUCAAAUCCAAAAAAUCCUCCAGAAGGACUCGGGGCAGCCUUUGUUGAACAGCAUUCACUCAGACCCUCAGACAGAACUAGACUUCUGGAAGACAAGACGGGAUAACCUUCUGUGCAUCUAUGAUCAACUUCAAGCUCCUGUUGUCCAGAAAAUGAUGCAGAUCCUGAAAACCAAACAGAGCAGUUAUUUCCCUACUUUUGAGGAUACGUUCAUGGUUGUUGAAGCUGCUCUUUUUGAGGCCCAGGAUGUAGAACUGUACCUGAGACCACUGAGAAGACACAUUCAGCGCCUGAAGGAGACCGAAUUCCCACAGAUUGGCGUCUUGAUUUCCCCUUUAUUUCACACCAUCUGCCUGAUUUGGAGUCACUCCAGGUUUUAUAACACACCUGCCCGGAUAAUCAUCUUAUUGCAGGAGUUUGGCAAUCUCUUUAUUGAGCAGGCAGUCACCUACCUUUCCCAGGAUGAACUUCUGAAAGGAGAAGUAGAAGAAUCCUUGGAACGGGUGCAAGUGACCAUAAGCAUCUUAAAGACUUUUAAAAAUUCUUUCUUCGACUAUAGGGAGGGAUUGGCAAAGUAUUUCACCAGGUGCCAGGACGUCAAGCUAUGGGAUUUCCAAUCCCACAUGGUGUUUUGGAGAUUUGACAAGUUUUUCAACCAUGUGAUGAAACUAGAGGACAUAUUUUCUACAAUGCUGGAAUUGGAGAAGCUGGAAAGACUUGAGUUUGGCGGCACCAAGGGGACUGUUCUAAAUGACGAGAUCCGUGAAAUGAGUGAAGAGUUUGCAGAGAUCUGUGAGGUUUUACACCAGAGAACCUAUGACCCAUGUGAUUACAACAACAUGGAAUUUGAAGAAGAUUAUGCCAAAUUCAAGGCUAAAAUUCUGGACUUCUACAGAAGGCUUGGCACUGUCCUUUGUUCGGGUUUCCUUGACUGUUCAGGCUUAGAAUCAGCAUUUAAGCUCUUGUUCAUAUUUGGGAAUUUUCUGGUGAAACCAGUUGUCAUGGACAUUUUCAGCCCUUACUAUAAUAAGUUGUUGCAAAUGUUUCAUGAGGAGCUGGACCAGUGUAAGCAACUGUACAGUGAGCACAUGAAGCAGGUUGAAAUAGGGAAUCCAGUGCUCAACAAGAAUAUGCCAUUUACAUCCGGAAAUCUCAAAUGGGCAAAGGAAGUACGCAGCCGCCUUGAUGGGUUCUGGUCCAACUUUGUACACCUUCAGCAUCCGAUCUUGGAAGGACCUGACACUGUAUUGCUAUAUCAGAAGUACGUAGAAAUGCUCAACUUACUUGACCAAUUUGGGGAUCAUAUCUAUGCAGAAUGGAAAAAUACUGUGGAUGAAAUCUGUGAAUUCAAUUUGAAUCAGCCAUUGAUAAAGCACGAUGUUGCCAGUGGUCUCCUAAGUGUUAAUUUUGAUCCAAAGCUUGUGGUUGUAUUGAGAGAGGUGAAAUAUCUGCUGCUGCUGGAGAAAUCAGACAUCCCAGAUUCUGCCUUAGCCAUCUAUGGAAAAAGAAAUACUUACUUAAAGUACAUUGGAAAUCUUGAGCUUCUUGUUCAAUGGUAUAACAAGCUGAAAUUAAGCCUUCUGGAGGUUGAACAGCCCCUGAUUGAAGAGGAGCUAAUGGCCAUAGAUGGCCAGCUCCAAGAGGCAGAGCAGUCAUUCACCUGGCAGAAAGAAGACUGUUGGUUCUACAUGGAGAAGGUGAAGGCAGAUGUGUUCGAGCUGCAGCAGAGAGUGGAGAAGACCCAGGAAAAUGUCAAGCUGAUUCAGCAGAUCAUGAAAACCUGGACUGAGCACACCCUCUUUUCUAGGAGAGAUCACAGAAAAGAUGCAUUCUUUAGUUUGGAGGGCAAAGGAGAUAUAUUGACUAGGAAAUACAGAUUAAUCCAAGAAGAUGGACACCGGAUACACAGUGUAGUAGAGGACAACUUGAGGCUCUUCAAGGCCAACGCCAUGUCAGACACCUGGAAAAUCUACCUGGAGUUCAUAGAUGACAUUGCGGUUGACGGCUUCUUCAAUGCCAUCAUGCAUGAGUUAGAUUUCUUCUUGGCGAACACAGAGAAAUGUCUGAAAUCUGCUCCAUUCUUUCAAGCCCAAAUGAUCCUUGUGGCCCCCGAGAUCAUAUUUAAACCCCCACUGGAAAGAGAGGCUGGGGAUGGCCUGUAUGACCUCGUGGAGGAGAUUUUAUGCAGCAUUUUCAGGAUGUCUAGUCAAAUGAAGAGAGUGGCAUCACAUCUGGAAAUCCCAAAUUACCAGAAUGACAUGGACCACAUGUUGGAACUGACAGAAACCAGGCAGGAGAUCAUGAACAGAGUGUCAGGCGUCAUCAACAAAGUUCUAGACUAUAGAAACUCUUUGGAUGCCUACUCUUACCUCUGGGUGGACGACCGCAUGGAGUUCAUGAAGCAGUUCCUUCUCUAUGGUCACCCGCUAACUGCAGAGGAAAUGGACAUUCAGGCCAAUGAAGGCCUCCCAGAACAGGCACCCACCAUUGAGCAGUUCAAAGAACAGAUUGACAUUUAUGAAGCUUUGUAUGUCCAGAUGAGCAAAUUUGAGGACUUCCGGGUCUUUGAAAGCUGGUUUAAGGUGGACAUGAAGCCUUUCAAAAUGAGCUUGCUGAAUGUGAUUAGAAAGUGGAGCUGGAUGUUCCAAGAGCAUCUUCUGAGAUUUGUUGUUGACAGUCUGACUGAUUUGGAAGACUUUAAUAAAGUGACAAAUGCUGGAUUCUGCAGAGAACUGAAAGAAGGUGACUAUAAUGGACUGGUAGAAAUCAUGGGCCACCUCAUGGCUGUGAGAAACAGGCAGGGAGCUACUGAUGAGCUCUUUGAUGCCCUUAAAGCCACCAUCACACUCUUGGAGAGCUAUGGACAGAAGAUGCCUGACCAUGUUUACAUUCUCCUAGAGGAAUUGCCUGAAAGAUGGAAUACUACCAAAAAGAAUGCUGCAACCGUGAGGCAUAAAGUUGCCCCCCUUCAGAAUGUGGAGGUCACUGUCAUCAGGAGAAAGUGUGUUUUAUUUGACGGGAAACAGGUGGAGUUCAGAGAGAGAUUCAGAAGAAAAGCUCCAUUUGGCUUUAAUGCAGAAAAACCCUAUGAAGUCCUUGAUGAGGCAAAUGAAGAGCUAGAGGCAUUAGAGGAAGAAAUGCUGCUCAUGCAAGAAUCGACAAGUCUUUUCGAAGUGGCCCUUCCAGACUAUAAACAAAUCAAACAGUGUCGCAGGGAAAUCCGAUUGCUCAAGGGCCUCUGGGAUCUGAUUAUUUAUAUCCAAAGAAGCAUCGAUAAUUGGACUAAAACCCAGUGGAGACAGAUUAAUGUGGAACAGAUGGAUGGAGAGCUGAGAAGGUUUGCCAAGGACAUAUGGUCACUUGAUAAGGAAGUACGCUUCUGGGAUGCUUACCUGGGACUGGAGCUAUUGGUGAAGAACCUGCUGGCAUCUCUGAGGGCAGUGAUGCAGUUACAGAACCCAGCCAUCAGGGAGAGGCACUGGCACCAACUGAUGGAUGUCACAGGGGUCAAGUUCUCAAUCAAUGAGGGCACGGUUUUGGCGGACUUAUUAGGGCUACAGCUUCAUAAAGUGGAAGAUGAAGUCCAAAGUAUCGUGGACAAAGCCGUGAAGGAGCUAGGGACUGAAAAGAUUCUUACUGAGAUCAGCUAUACCUGGGCCACAGUGGAGUUUUCAUAUGAAGACCACUACCGGACGGGCAUCCCUUUAUUAAAAUCUGAUGAACAACUUUUUGAGAUUCUAGAACACAAUCAAGUUCAGUUGCAGACGAUCCUACAGAGCAAGUAUGUGGAAUAUUUCAUCGAGCAAGCCUCAAGUUGGCAAAAGAAAUUAAAUGCAGCAGACGCCAUCAUCUUCCUGUGGAUGGAGGUACAACGGACCUGGUCUCAUUUGGAGAGCAUCUUUAUAAGCUCUGAGGACAUCCGAACCCAGCUUGAUGAAGAUGCAAAAAGAUUUGAUGGCAUUGAUGCUGACUUUAAGGAAUUAAUGUUUGACACUGCAAAGAUCAGAAAUGUUUUGGAAGCGACUGGCCAACCCAAUCUGUAUGAAAAACUGAAGGAUUUGCAAGACAGGCUCGUUCUUUGUGAAAAAGCUCUCGCCCAGUACUUGGAGACCAAACGUCUGGCUUUUCCUCGGUUCUAUUUUGUCUCCUCUGCUCAUUUGCUUGAUAUUCUCUCCAACGGAAACCAGCCAAAGCGGGUCACAAAACACUUGACCAAACUCUUUGACAGCAUCGCAGAUCUACACUUUGAGGAUUGCCCGUGGCCAGCACGCAGCAGAGCCAUUGGGAUGUACAGCAAGGAGAAGGAGUAUGUCCCCCUCCAUACUGGAUGUGAAUGCAUAGGCCAUGUGGAAACAUGGCUCCAGGGUCUUGAGGAAGCCAUGAAGGAAACCGUGCGCUGUUACAUCACAGAUGCUAUAGCCGCCUUUGAAGAGAAGCCCAGGGAGCAGUGGAUUCUCGAUUUCCCAGCCCAAGUUGCGCUGACCACCUCCCAGAUUUGGUGGACUACCGAUGUGAGCAUAGCCUUCAGCAGACUGGAAGAAGGCUAUGAAACAGCCUUAAAGGAUUACAAUAAAAAACAGGUCUCUCAGCUGAAUACACUGAUUGCCCUGCUGCUGGGUGAGCUCACCCCAGGAGACCGGCAGAAGAUCAUGACCAUCUGUACCAUUGAUGUCCAUGCCCGGGAUGUUGUGGCCAAGCUGGUUUCUCAGAAGGUCAUGAGUUCCCAGGCUUUUGCGUGGCUGUCCCAGCUCCGACACCGAUGGGAUGAUGCUCAGAAGCACUGUUUGGUCAAUAUCUGUGAUGCUCAGUUCCAAUAUUUUUAUGAAUAUUUGGGGAACAGUCCUCGCCUUGUCAUUACUCCUCUGACUGACAGGUGUUACAUCACCUUAACCCAGUCACUGCAUCUCACUAUGAGUGGGGCUCCUGCUGGUCCAGCUGGGACAGGCAAGACUGAGACCACCAAGGACCUGGGACACGCUCUUGGCAUGAUGGUUUAUGUGUUCAACUGUUCAGAGCAGAUGGACUAUAAGUCCAUAGGCAAUAUUUACAAAGGCUUGGUCCAGACGGGAGCCUGGGGAUGUUUUGAUGAAUUCAAUCGGAUCGCAGUUGAGGUUCUGUCAGUGGUGGCUGUCCAAGUAAAGAUGAUACAUGAUGCCAUCAGGAACAAGAGAAAGAGAUUCAUGUUCCUGGGUGAAGACAUCCGGCUGAAGCCCUCAGUUGGCAUUUUCAUCACCAUGAACCCAGGCUAUGCUGGUCGGACAGAACUGCCCGAGAAUCUCAAAGCCCUUUUCAGACCUUGUGCCAUGGUGGCCCCCGACAUUGAACUGAUCUGCGAAAUCAUGCUGGUGGGAGAGGGCUUUGUGGAUGCCCGCCUCUUAGCCCGAAAGUUCAUUACCUUGUACACUCUGUGCCGGGAGCUGCUUUCCAAGCAGGAUCAUUAUGACUGGGGACUCCGAGCAGUGAAAUCAGUCUUGGUUGUAGCUGGUUCCCUGAAACGAGGAGAUAAAAAUCGACCUGAGGACCAGGUACUGAUGAGGGCACUUAGGGACUUCAACCUGCCCAAAAUCGUGACAGACGACGUUCCCGUGUUCCUGGGGCUGAUCAGUGACCUGUUCCCAGCCCUCGAUGUUCCCAGGAAGAGGGAAAUACAGUUUGAGCAGAUGGUGCGCCACUCGACCCUGGAGCUCUGCCUGCAGCCUGAAGAGAGCUUUAUCCUCAAAGUUGUUCAACUGGAAGAGCUGUUAGCUGUCCGGCACUCAGUCUUUGUAGUAGGAAAUGCAGGAACAGGAAAGAGCAAGAUUUUGAGAACCCUGAAUCGAACCUAUGUUAACAUGAAACAGAAACCCAUUUGGAACGACUUAAACCCCAAAGCUGUGACAACGGAUGAGCUCUUUGGCUUCAUACACCACGCCACUCGAGAAUGGAAAGAUGGACUCUUUUCAUCACUCCUGAGAGAGCAAGCCAACCUUCUGCAUGACGGGCCCAAGUGGAUAGUUCUGGAUGGAGACAUUGAUCCAUUGUGGAUUGAGUCACUCAAUACCGUGAUGGAUGAUAAUAAGGUCCUGACACUGGCCAGUAAUGAGCGGGUGGCCCUCACCCCUCACAUGAGGCUCCUGUUUGAGAUCGACCAUUUACGGACAGCGACCCCUGCAACUGUGUCCAGAGCCGGGAUCCUGUAUGUGAACCCGCAAGACUUGGGCUGGAAUCCGUAUGUGGCCAGCUGGAUUGACAAGAGAAGCCAUCAGUCUGAAAAGGCCAAUCUGACAAUCCUUUUUGAUAAAUAUGUUCCCCCGUGCUUGGAUAAGCUGAGGACAAGCUUUAAAACAAUCACUUUGAUUCCAGAGAACAGUCUGGUUCAGACUCUUUGUUCUCUUUUGGAUUGUUUGCUGACCCCAGAAAAUGUGCCCUCAGAAAGCCCAAGGGAAGUCUAUGAGAUCUACUUUGUCUUUGCUUCUAUCUGGGCCUUCGGGGGAGCCCUGCUCCAAGAUCAGCUUUCAGAUUAUCCAACUGAAUUCAGUCGCUGGUGGCUCAAACAGAUGAAAGCAGUCAAGUUUCCAUCCCAGGGGACAAUUUUCGAUUAUUAUCUUGACCCCAAGACCAGAAAAUUCUUGCCUUGGGCUGAUAAAGUUCCCAAAUUGACUAUGGAUCCAGAUACUCCUUUACAGACAGUCCUUGUCCCCACUCAGGAGACAACACGUCUCCGAUAUUUUGCUGAUUUGCUGCUGGCAAAAGGGAAGCCAUUAAUGCUUGUCGGUGGUGCGGGCGUGGGGAAAAGCAUCUUUGUGAAUGAUACACUUGCUGGUCUCUCUGAAGAUUACAUGGUGGCCAAGGUUCCUUUCAACUACUACACAACAUCUGCUGUUCUGCAAAAGAUUCUUGAGAAGCCACUAGAGAAAAAAGCAGGACGUACCUAUGGCCCAAUAGGAAACAAGAAGCUGAUUUAUUUCAUCGAUGAUAUGAACAUGCCUGAAGUAGACACGUAUGGCACAGUCCAGCCUCACACACUGAUUCGACAGCACAUUGACUAUGGACAUUGGUAUGACAGGCAGAAGGCGGCAAUAAAAGAAAUUCACAGCUGCCAGUAUGUGGCCUGCAUGAACCCCAUGGUUGGCAGCUUCACCAUCAAUCCUCGACUCCAGAGACAUUUUUCAGUGUUUGCUUACAACUUUCCAUCUCUGGACUCACUUACCACCAUCUAUGGCCAGAUACUCAGCUGGCAUUUCCAGCAUCGUGCCUUCAGUGCUCCCUUCCUCCUCUGUAGCAGCCUGGCGCUGGUCCAGGCAGCCAUUGGCCUGCAUCAGACCAUGAUUCUCAACUUUCUCCCGACUGCCAUGAAGUUCCACUACACCUUCAAUCUGAGAGACCUUUCCAACGUCUUCCAGGGAAUAUUACUUGCCACUCCUGAGUGCUUAAAGGGACCCGUGGAUCUCAUACGCCUUUGGCUUCAUGAAUCAUCCCGAGUUUAUGGAGAUAAGCUGAUAGACAAAAAUGACUGGGAUUUGUUUCAGAAGAAGCUGCUCGAUACUGCUCGAAGAUAUUUCGAGGUAAGUGGUGUGGAAGAGUCCAUUCUGUGGCAGCAGCCCCUCAUCUAUUGCCACUUUGCCAAUGGCGUGGGAGACCCUUGUUACAUGCCAGUAAAGGAUUGGGAAGCACUGAAAGCAGUGCUAACAGAGACCUUGGACUCCUACAAUGAGAUGAAUGUGGCCAUGCCGCUGGUCUUUUUUGAAGAUGCCAUGCAACAUGUGUGCCGUAUCAGCAGAAUCCUGCACACCAGCCAAGGUUCCUCUCUUCUGAUUGGGGUGGGAGGCAGCGGCAAACAGAGCUUGUCUCGGCUCGCAGCCUACAUCUGCUCCUUUGAGGUGUUCCAGGUUACGCUGAGGAAAGACUAUGGGCUCCAGGACCUCAAGGUAGAUCUCGCCAAUUUGUACAUCAAGACGGGAGCCAAGAACAUGCCCGUAGUGUUUCUGCUGACAGAUGCCCAGGUUCUGGACGAACGCUUCCUCGUGCUGAUUAAUGACUUGUUGGCAUCAGGAGAAAUCCCAGAUCUCUUCAGUGAUGAGGAUGUGGACAAGAUAAUUUCUGGAGUUCAUAAUGAGGUCCGUGGCCUGGGCAUCUUAGAAACAAGAGAAAAUUGUUGGAAGUUCUUCUUGGCCAGGGUACGGCGGCAGCUCAAAGUUAUUUUGUGCUUCUCUCCUGUCGGUCACACUCUUCGAGUGAGAUCUCGCAAGUUCCCAGCUUUGGUCAACUGCACAGCUAUUGACUGGUUCCAUGAGUGGCCACAGGAAGCCCUGCUAUCUGUCAGCAGAAGGUUCAUCGAGGAAACCCAGGGAAUUGAGCCCAGUAUAAAGGAUUCUGUUAGUGCUUUCAUGACCUAUGCUCACACCAGUGUGAAUGAAAUGAGCAUCCGGUACUAUCAGAAUGAGAGGAGGUACAACUAUACCACCCCCAAGAGUUUCCUGGAGCAGAUUUCUUUGUAUAAGACCCUGCUGAAGAAGAAACAAAAAGAAGUGUCCCAGAAGAAAGAACAUUUGGUGAAUGGCAUCCAGAAGCUAAAGACAACAGCCUCCCAGGUAGCAGACCUAAAAGGCAAACUGGCUUCCCAAGAGGCCGAGCUCCACCUGCGCAGCCGGGAUGCCGAGGCUCUCAUUACCAAGAUCGGCCUUCAGACCGACAAAGUGAGCCAGGAGCGGGCUGUGGCGGACGCCGAGGAGCGAAAGGUGGCUGCCAUCCAGAAAGAAGUAUUCCAGAAACAGAGAGAAUGUGAGGCUGACCUGGCCAAAGCAGAGCCUGCCCUUGUUGCAGCCGCAGAGGCACUGAACACACUAAACAGGGUGAACCUCACAGAGCUGAAGGCCUUCCCCAACCCACCCAUCGCCGUCACCAAUGUCACUGCAGCUGUAAUGGUCCUGCUGGCUCCUCGGGGUCGGGUGCCCAAAGACAGGAGUUGGAAAGCCGCCAAAGUCUUUAUGGGAAAGGUUGAUGACUUUUUGCAGGCACUAAUUAGCUACGACAAAGAGCACAUUCCAGAGAACAGUCUGAGAGUCGUGAACGAGCAGUAUCUGAAGAACCCUGAGUUCGACCCAAACCUGAUCCGAACCAAGUCCUUCGCCGCCGCGGGGCUCUGCGCCUGGGUCAUCAACAUCGUCAGGUUCUACGAGGUCUACUGUGAUGUGCAGCCCAAGCGCCAGGCCCUUGCCGAAGCCAACAUAGAGCUGGAGGCAGCUACAGAAAAGCUGGGAGCCAUCCGGAGGAAGCUCGUGGAGUUGGGUGACAAUCUCAGCCGACUCACGGCAUCCUUCGAGAAGGCGGUUGCAGAAAAGGUGCGAUGUCAAGACCAAGUGAACCAGACCAACAAGACCAUCGGACUAGCCAACAGGCUCGUCGGUGAGCUCGAGUCUGAGAAGAUCCGCUGGGGUCAGUCCAUAACCUCUUUUGAGGCCCAGGAGACCACACUCUGCGGAGAUGUCCUCCUGACAGCAGCUUUUGUGUCUUAUGUCGGGUAUUUUACGAAGUGUUACCGACAAGAGCUGGUCGAGUGCAAGUGGAUUCCCUUCCUGAAGUCACAGAAGGUUCCCAUCCCCAUAACAGCAGGCCUGGAUUUGAUCACCAUGUUGACUGAUGAUGCCACUGUGGCUGCCUGGAACAACGAGGGGCUGCCUAGUGAUCGAAUGUCCACUGAAAAUGCCACCAUCCUCACUCAUGCCGAACGCUGGCCCCUGAUGAUUGAUCCACAGCAGCAGGGCAUUAAAUGGAUCAAGAAUAAAUAUGGGGCUGACCUUAGAAUCCUCCGUCUGGGCCAGAAAGGGUUUUUGAAUGCCAUUGAGAAUGCUUUGGCUUUCGGAGAAGUCAUGCUCAUUGAAAACCUGGAUGAAACAAUUGAUCCCGUCCUCGAUCCACUGUUGGGGAGGAACACAAUUAAGCGAGGGAAGUUCAUCAGGAUCGGGGACAGAGAAUGUGAGUUUCACCCAGGUUUCCGGCUCCUCUUGCACACCAAGCUGGCCAACCCUCACUACAAGCCCGAACUCCAGGCUCAGACCACCCUCAUCAACUUCACAGUCACUGAAGAUGGCCUGGAAGCCCAGCUGUUGGCCGAUGUGGUCAGCGUGGAACGGCCUGAUCUGGAAAACCUCAAGUCAGUCCUGACAAAGCAGCAGAAUGACUUUAAGAUCCAACUGAAGCGCCUAGAAGACGAUCUUCUCCUGCAUCUGUCCACGGCAGAGGGAAGCUUCCUGGACAACACGGAGCUGGUGGAGAAGCUGGAAACCACCAAGUCCACGGCCGCAGAAAUAGGGCUGAAGGUGGAUGAAGGCAAAGAAAAUGAAGCCAAAAUUAAUGAAGCCAGGGACUGUUACCGACCAGUGGCGGCCAGAGCCGCUCUUUUGUACUUUGUUGUUAAUGAUCUCCGGAAAAUCAACCCCAUCUAUCAGUUCUCUCUAAAGGCUUUCAACACACUCUUCCAUAAAGCCAUCGGGCAGGCAGAAAAAGCAGAGGACACCCAGGAGCGCGUCUCAAACUUGAUGGAAGGCAUCACCUACUCUGUUUGCCUAAAUACCAGCCAGGCACUGUUUGAGAAGGACAAGCUCACCUUCCUCUCCCAGAUAACUUUUCAGAUUCUGCUGCGAAAUAAAGAGAUAGAAGGCCCUGAACUGGAUUUCCUGCUUCGCUACACAGUAGAACAUACUUACCAGAGUCCUGUUGACUUCCUAACGACGCCGUCAUGGAGUGCUAUUAAGGCGAUUUCCCGAAUGGAAGAAUUCCGGGGGCUUGACCGAGAUGUGGAAGGGUCUGCCAAGCGAUGGAAGAAGUGGGUUGAAUCUGAAAGCCCAGAAAAAGAAAAGUUCCCUCAGGAAUGGAAAAAUAAAAGUCCUCUCCAAAAGCUGAUCAUCCUGAGAGCAAUGCGUCCAGACCGAAUGACCUAUGCACUCAGGAAUUUUGUGGAGGAAAAGCUAGGCCCCAAGUAUGUGGAAGGACCCCGGCCAGACCUCAGCAAGUCCUAUGAAGAGAGCAGCCCAGCCACACCUGUGUUCUUCAUCCUGUCCCCUGGGGUCGAUGCUCUCAAGGAUGUGGAGGCCCUUGGCAGAAAAUUGGGCUUUACAAUUGAUUCUGGAAGGUUCCAUAACAUAUCCUUAGGACAAGGCCAAGAGACCUUCGCGGAAGCAGCUUUGGAGAAGGCUUCCAGGGAAGGACAGUGGGUUGUCCUCCAAAACGUCCACUUGGUAGCCAGGUGGCUGGGGACCCUGGAGAAACUCCUGGAGCAUCUUGGCCAAGAAAGCCACCAGGAUUACAGGGUCUUCAUGAGUGCGGAGCCAGCGCCAACCUCCAAGGAGCACAUCAUCCCCCAAGGCCUUCUGGAGAACUGCAUUAAAAUCACCAACGAGCCCCCCACGGGCAUGCUCGCCAACCUCCACGCAGCGCUCUACAAUUUUGAUCAGGACACCCUAGAAUCAAGCUCCAAGGACCAGGAAUUUAAAAGCAUCCUCUUCUCCCUGUGCUAUUUCCAUGCCUGUGUGGCCGGGAGGCUGAAGUUUGGACCCCAGGGCUGGAAUAGGAGCUACCCUUUCAACCCUGGAGAUCUCAACAUCUGCGCCAAUAUCCUCUACAACUACCUUGAGGCCAAUGCAAAGGUCCCAUGGGAAGAUCUACGUUAUCUCUUUGGGGAGAUCAUGUACGGGGGCCACAUCACGGAUGACUGGGAUCGCAAGCUGUGCCGGAGCUAUUUGGAAGAAUUCAUGAACCCCUCUAUGUUGGAAGGAGAACUGCUGCUGGCCCCAGGCUUCCCAGCGCCGCUUACUCUGGACUACACGGGCUACCACCAGUACAUCGAGGAAAUGCUUCCCCCCGAGAGCCCAGUGUUGUACGGCCUCCAUCCCAACGCCGAAAUCGGGUUCCUGACGGUGACCGCGAACACCCUCUUCAGAGUCCUGCUGGAGAUGCAGCCCAGGAGCCUCCUGGCCAACCAAGAGCUCACCCAGUCCACGGAGGAAAAGGUUAAGACUGUUCUGGAUGACAUUUUGGAGAAGCUUCCUGAGGAGUUUGACCUGGCGGAGAUUGCUCACAAAACCCCACUGCGCAGCCCCUACGUCCUUGUGUGCUUCCAGGAGUGUGAGCGGAUGAACCUGCUCCUGCGAGAGAUCCGUGAGUCACUGCAGCAGCUGGACCUCGGCCUCAAGGGUGAGCUAAUGAUGUCUCCUGACAUGGAAGCCCAGCAGACGGCAUUGAAUUAUGACACUGUGCCCAACAGCUGGCUCCGGCUGGCCUAUCCCUCCACCUACGGCCUCGCCCAGUGGUUCAAUGACCUCCUCUUGAGGUGCCGAGAGCUAGAUACCUGGACCCAAGACCUCGUCAUGCCGGCUGUUGUGUGGCUGUCUGGCUUCUUUAACCCUCAGUCUUUCCUGACAGCCAUCAUGCAGAGCAUGGCCCGGAAGAAUGAGUGGCCUUUGGAUAAGAUGUGCCUGACAGUGGAUGUAACCAAAAAGACCAAAGAGGAUUAUGGCCAUCCCCCAAGGGAAGGAGCUUAUAUUCAUGGAGUCUUCAUGGAAGGGGCUCGCUGGGACAUCCAGGCUGGGAGCAUCGUGGAAGCCCGCCUCAAGGAGCUGACCUCUCUGAUGCCAGUCAUCUUCGUCAAAGCCAGCCCAACAGACAGACAGGAAACAAAGCAGACCUACGAGUGUCCCGUGUACAGAACCCAAAGCAGGGGCCCCACCUACGUGUGGACCUUCAGGCUAAAGAGCAAAGAGAAAACAGCCAAGUGGGUGCUGGCUGGGGUGGCCCUGCUCUUGUCCGUGUAA